AAAACCCACACAAAAGCAGACCACUGAUUGAGGGUGGACACACCCUGGCGCUAAGAGCUCGUGUAGAGCUGUCAAACAAAAAAGCGCACGUGAAAAGUGCAGUCGGCGUGCAAGGAAAAGAAGCAUCGAAAUAAGGAGUGAGACGAAAAAGUGCCGGAGCAGGCCGUGCUGCCCGACGACAGAUUGUGCCGGAAAAAGCCUUCGUGAAGAAGGCCGUUUUACCGGAUACCAGCAGCCGGCCAAGGGCCAGACUGUGACAAAGGCAAAACAGUCUGCCUCCGAUUGCCGUGCGGUCAAUUUUCAUCUUUUAUUCGGCAGGAGGGAAACUUGUAUCAAGAUCACUAAAGAUCCACCCGACAGUGCCGCUCUGCAGUGUGGGCUAUCAGAGAGCCAAUAUAGCCGAACAUUUCGCGCGCCUAGGAGAAAUCCCGGCGGCGCGACGUAUCGCGCAUUUAGUUUCUGCCUCCGAUUGCCGUGCGGUCAAUUUUCGUCUUUAUUCGGCAGGAGGGAAAAUUUUUAUCAAGAUCCCUAAAGAUCCACCCGACAGUGCCGCUCUGCAGUGUGGGCUGCCAGAGAGCCAAUAUAGCUGAACAUUUCGCGCGCCUAGGAGAAAUCCCGGCGGCGCGACGUAUCGCGCAUUCAGUUUCGGCCUCGAACGCUGUGCGGGCAUUAUCGAGCGGAAGAAGGGUGGCGGAACAUACGCGUGCCAAGGAUCAUUCCCGGCGGCGCGGUUUAUCACUGUUACCGGCCACGAGAGCCGAAUUGCGGCUGUAGGUGAUUUCGUCAUUGUGUUGCUGUUAGUUUUUUAAAGGGACGAGCCGAAGAAGUUGAGCUCGACCAACCCGUGCCCAGGAUCAUCCCGGCGGCGCGACUGAUCGUGUUUUCCUCGGCCAAAAGAGCCGUGCCGACAUUGGCCGAACAAACGUGCGCCCAGGAUCAUUCCCGGCGGCGCGAUUCAUCUGCGUUUCCUGCCACGAGUGCCGAAUUACCAUUGUCGGCUGUCACUGCUGUUGUGUUGCUGCAGAGUCAUUGAGAAAGGAGUCGAAGGAGUGUCGUUACCAUUUUGCGCGCCUAGGAAACAAAUUCCCGGCUGCGCGACUACCUGCAAAAUCGUUGCUCGGCGGAACGAGCUGAAGGAGGAAGUGUUUGUGUGCCGGCUCGCAGUGCCGAAGGAAAUAGGAGUAACGGCUCGCAGUGCCGCAGGAAGAGUGAUGAUCCGAGGUGGCGAUAUCACAGGUGAGCUUUAGUUAAGGGGGACUGGUGGGUGGAUGAAAUCUAUUUUCCUCGCGCACAAUUGCGCAAAUUAUUAAAUAUGCCUAUUAUAUCUGUUAGGGACAACCCGAGGCAAUAACAGACAGGCAAUAUUGGCGCCCGAAUUUAAUAGAACCUUUUAAGAUACUACAAAAAUUGAAAAUGGACAUUAUUGACUUGAAUGAUGAGGAAAUUGAUUACGAGCUUCGGCUCAGAAAUAAGUUUGAUCUUGGUUUUAGUAAUCGCAGAACGAAACUUAGCGCGUUGCGAAAUUUGAUCACGGAGGAGAAAAAAGCAAAUUCUUAUGCUAGAUCCUCAACACAUGUGAUGAACAUUGAAGAUAAUCUCAAUUUAUGUUUGACUAAUUUAGAAGCGAUAAAAACAAACGUGCGUAAAGCUGUCAAUGAAAAUGAUACGAAUGCUAAACGACAAUUAUUCUCGCGUCUUGAGCAUUACCGCAACAGAUUAGAUCUUAUUCCGAAAGAUCAACCGCGAAGUGAAUUGUUAGUGCAACUGAUGAGUGAAGUGAAACAGUUAAAUGCAGCGUUGACAUCGAAUGAGGAUGCAGGUAGAGUAGACAAUAUUCAGCUAGAGGCAGCAGCAAAUCUAACGGUUUUGGACAGGAUGCCGAGAACCUCCAGCCCAUUUAGAGGAUUCGACGAAGAGGAACUGAGAUUGAACGAUCGACGAACCAGGGGUGCAUCUGUACCAUCGGUCAAUUUAAGCCGUCAAUCAGAAACCAUGCAACGAACUGGAGCCAUUCCCAAAGCCAGCAACAACACGAGGGAAGGCAACCAGGGGCAGAACAACACCGGAACGAGAAACGACGUCGAAUCUAAUAAAAGGAAUCAACUUGAACUGUUGGAAGAGAUUUUGGAGAGGCUUAGGCAGUUACCUAUCUCGCAACCACAACAAGCAGCUCAAAUUCAUCAAGCACCUCAACAAAACAUUAAUGCAGCUCUUCAGCAAUCGGGAAUGCAACAAGUGCAUCAUCUUCCUGAACGUGGAAAUUCACAGCGCGAUCGAGGAGUGCAUCGAGACAACCAGAACAACGAAAUGUCUCAGGAGCUUCGCGACGAAGUACUGCUGUCGAUUCUGAGAGAGCAGAACAGGCACCAGAGAGGACCAAGAGGAAAACCAAUUCACGCAUGGCCUUUCAAAUACGACGGAAAAGGAAGUCCGCUAGAUCUGAUCGUGUUCAUCAAGAAGGUAGAAAAAUUUGCAAUGACCGACGACAUGAAUGGUGACGAAUUGAUGUCACAAAUAAAAUUUCUUCUGGUUGGAAAAGCCUUAGACUGGUUCUGUUUGGCAUGCAAUGCGUACAUCUCUUGGGAUGAAUUUAAAACAAGAAUAAAACAACAAUUUAUUCCUAGAGAUUUUGCACAGUGGAUAAGAAAACAAGUCUACUGCAGAGUACAAAAACCGAAUGAAUCAUUUGAGACUUUUCAUUGGGAGUUGACGUUAAUGUUCGGCGCAGCUGAUCCUCCAUUUUCGGAGAUGGACCAGUUCCAUAUUAUGAGAACAAAUUUAAAUCAACACUUCAGAUUAGUAUCGAUUGCCGCGCAAGUAUCAUCGCUAGCCAGCCUAAUUAAAGUUUGCGAAGAGGUGGAUGAAGCAAAUAUUAAUGGAAGCAGCUUCGCGGGCAAUUCACAUCGACCACAAGAGCUCGGACGUGCAAAUGUUUACAGGCAGUUAAGACCACAGCUACAAAGGGACAACAGACCAACAACACAGCAAGGGAUUAACGCAAUCGAAACCGAAAACACACCACAAUGGAAUUCGCCAUUAGUUCAGCAGAACGUGCCGGAUAUGUCACAGCAGUAUAGCAACACAAAUGCAGGUUUAAGUCCAGCGAUGCAGAACUAUGAUCUUUCAAGGGAAAGUCAGACCUCCGAACCCAGAUACGGGAACGAAUUCAUUGGAGCAAGUUUCAACGCAGUUCAUGUGGAUAAUCAAGGGCGAAACCAAAGAAUGCCGAAUCGCCAAACAACAGCAAACACGACAUCGACGUUGAGAUGCUGGCAAUGUGGCAGAGACGACCAUUUCUUCCUAACGUGCCCAUAUCCCAAAACACACCUGUUUUGUUAUCGAUGCGGAAAACAAGGAUACACUGUGAGGAAUUGUACCGACUGUAUUCAAAUGGCCAGAGACCUCAUGCACAACCAUCCGGGAAACGCCAGAGGCGGCAACUGUUAGAGGGUCCAAAUUUGCUGCCCAAGACAAAAACCGACCCCACAGAAUCUAUAGUAAAAAACUUUGGACAUUCAAACAUAGCUGUACACAACAUCUCCACAUUUGACAAUAGACCGUAUCUUGAUGUGACAUGUAGAGGAAUCCCAAUGAAAGGAAUGCUAGACACAGGAGCAAUGUGCUCACUCCUAGGAGGUAGUAAAACUGAAAUAGCAGAAACCCUCAAACUUCAGAAAAUUCCAGGUCGAGGAUCAAUAUUUACGGCCGACAACACGAAACACAAAAUAUCACACUACGUCAUGUUACCGAUAGAACUCAAGGGUAAGCGGCACGUAAUGCCAGUAAUAUGUUUAGAAAAUUUGCCUGAUAGUUUUAUUCUGGGAAUGGAUUUCUUUAACAAAUUUCAAAUGAAAUUACUAGUGAACAGCAUCUCUGAAGAAAACAAUGCUCGCUUAAAC